CCAGCCCCAAAUCAGGGAGCCUCAGAAAGACCACCUUGAAGCCCCAGCCGUGAGCCUUUGCAGGUGCUGCCGCAGGCAGCCAAUCACAGAAAACCAACCGCUUCUGCCCGUUGGCUGUCCCCGCCCCUCGAGCGGCCGCCUGCAUGAAUAUUCAGCCGCUCAGCCAAUCAGCGGUGAAGGGUGGAUGACAUCACGGGCUAGGGAACAGUGAGCAGCCAGUGAAGCAUCCAGCCUGCCGAACAAGCUUGCUUUUAGGGUCAGGAACUGGUCUGACAGGAGAAUGGCAGUCCUGCCUUUAAACUGUCAGUAGGACUUUUACGGCUGACGAUGAAUCUACCAGGACUCCAGAUCCACAGGAGAAAGCCCGCGCAAGAGAAUGUGAAGAUAUAUAUUUCAGGAUUUUGUGAGCGUUGCUAAAAAUGUCUGAUAGUGUCGAUAUUGAAGAGAAACCGCCGGCCCCCCCCUUGAGAAUGAACAGUAGUUCCCGAGAUUCUUCAUCAGUGAAUCACGCAUCCAAACCGCUACCAAUGGCUCCAGAAGAGAAAAACAAGAAAGUCCGCCUGCGAUCCAUCUUUCCUGGAGGAGAUAAGACAAACAAGAAAAAGGAGAAGGAACGUCCUGAGAUAUCCCUACCCUCAGACUUUGAGCACACCAUUCACGUUGGCUUUGAUGCUGUAACAGGAGAAUUCACAGGUAUCCCAGAGCAAUGGGCCCGCCUCCUGCAAACCUCCAACAUUACCAAGCUGGAGCAGAAGAAGAACCCACAGGCCGUCAUAGAUGUCCUGAAGUUCUACGACUCCAAAGAGACUGUCAACAACCAGAAGUACAUGAGCUUCACUUCAGGAGACAAGACGGCACAUGGCUACAUUGCAGCAAACACUUUGAACCGACUGCUGUCUUCUGGGCCUCCUGUCAGCCUUAGAACCUGCAGCGCAUUAUUUGACAAGGGUGCAAAAACGUCCUCUUCAACAGAUCCCCCAAUCGCUCCGCCAGUGUCCGAAGAGGAAGAUGAGGAAGAAGAGGAAGAGGAGGAGGAGGAAGAGGAAGAAGAGGACGAUGAUGAGUUGCCACCAGUCAUUGCUCCACGACCUGAACAUACCAAAUCUAUCUACACACGCUCUGUCAUGGAUCCACCAAAGCCCCCCAGCCCCGUGAAGGAGGUGGUGACUCCCCCAGAGUCGCAGGUGCAGCCAGAGAAUACCUCCAACACCAUGUACCGCCACACUGACCGGCAGAGGAAGAAGUCAAAGAUGACUGAUGAGGAAAUUCUGGAGAAACUCAACUCAGGAAGUAUCGUGAGCGUGGGAGAUCCCAAAAAGAAGUACACGCGCUUCGAGAAAAUAGGACAAGGAGCAUCUGGGACUGUUUACACCGCCAUCGAUGUAGCAACUGGCCAAGAGGUGGCCAUCAAGCAGAUGAACCUGCAGCAGCAACCCAAGAAAGAACUGAUCAUAAACGAGAUCUUGGUGAUGAGGGAAAACAAAAACUCCAACAUUGUGAACUACCUGGACAGUUACUUGGUAGGAGAUGAGCUGUGGGUGGUGAUGGAGUAUUUGGCAGGAGGCUCUUUGACAGAUGUGGUGACUGAGACCUGCAUGGAUGAGGGCCAGAUUGCUGCAGUCUGCAGAGAGUGUCUCCAAGCACUAGACUUUUUACACUCCAACCAGGUGAUCCACAGAGACAUAAAAAGUGACAAUAUUCUCUUGGGCAUGGAUGGAUCGGUCAAGCUCACCGACUUCGGCUUUUGUGCUCAGAUCACCCCAGAGCAGAACAAGCGCAGCACAAUGGUAGGAACGCCGUACUGGAUGGCGCCAGAGGUGGUGACUCGGAAAGCUUAUGGCCCAAAAGUGGAUAUUUGGUCUCUAGGGAUCAUGGCCAUAGAAAUGGUGGAGGGAGAACCGCCUUACCUGAAUGAGAAUCCUCUCAGGGCACUUUACCUGAUUGCCACCAAUGGGACCCCAGAGCUGCAGAACCCUGAAAGGCUGUCGUCGGUCUUCAGAGACUUCCUCAACCGCUGUCUGGAGAUGGACGUGGACCGCAGAGGCUCUGCCAAGGAUUUGCUUCAGCACUCCUUCCUCAAAUUGGCAAAGCCUCUCUCCAGCCUGACGCCUCUAAUUUUAGCUGCAAAGGAAGCCAUCAAGAACAGCAGUCGUUAAGGGGUGGCUCCCUGUUCGCGCCCGAGGCUGACGCCCUGCCUGGGAUGUGCCGGCUCAUAGCAGCAGGAGUUUUGAGAGUAGGGACAGCAAAAGGGGGAGGUGUGUGACUUACAAAGACAGCACAAGGACAGAAAACCUCCCCAGGCCUCAGAUGGAGGACUGACAUCUGGCCUUGCAGCCUCUAGGUUUGUGCUGCUGAAAAAAAGACAGUAUCUCCUCGUUUCUCUGUCCAGCACUCUGUACAUGUAGAGCAGUUCAUCACAAGUAUGUGUGAAGGAGUGUGUGUUUGUUUGCACUUCUGUUUGUGUUGCAUCUUUCCGGAAAGUAGUUGGACAAUAAAAUAAGAUAAAAUAAAAAGAAAAGAGGAUCAUUCACAGGAAAAAACCCUGCAGGAGUGAAACAAAGAUGCUGGCCUGCGCUUUAGGAUUGGUUCCCUUUCCUCUGGUCCCUCCAUGGAGCACGACUUCGGCUUCACCUUACCUGCAGCAGCGAGCCGACGUGGAACAGCGACUCCAUAACCCAGCGUUUGGCUGCAUGACCAUGGCUCUGUGGACAAAUCUGCAAACCUUCUGCCGACUGUCACAUCAUAAGGUGGCAUAUCUGUGUGUUUUACUGUGUACAUAUGUGUGCGAGUGAGUGCAGGGAUGUGGCUACUGGGGUAUAAGUCAGGAAUCAGUUGACAUGAUCAAUUACAGCCUAAACUCCCUUCUAGGAUCCAUUUCAUAUCUCUCAGGAGGUGCAGAUCUAAAAAAUGGAUCCUUGUCAUCAAGCUGAAAUCAUCCAACCUCAGGACAAUUACCUGCGGUUGUCCCUAAAACAGACUCUGUACAAAAGUGUUCAAUGUGAUUAUCACCUACUAUAUAAUUUAUAAUCCAUAUUUAUAUCAGAUGAAUCAUCCAAGAUAAAAGUAUCUACACAUUUUGGGUUUACUUUGUGUAAAGUAAACAGAACUGAAUGAGCAAUUUAGAUAUUUUUCAUUGUGUGUGAACUUAAAGUAACAGGAGAAAAAAAUUCAAAAGUCAACGAGCAAUGCAUUGAUAAGGUGCUGCUAAACAACAAACUUGAACCCCCUCCUCGCUAAAGAUAGGUUUUGGAUUCUUUUACUGCUCCAGCUCCUAGAGCAGAAAAUAUCGAUGGCCUAAUUUAAGGAUUCGGAAGGAAAACGUCAUCACGUCAUGGCCGUAGAUAAAUCCUAACUGUUAUCCUGGAGGUGUUCGGAUAAUUUGCUGCCUUCUCAGGUGGAAACGCUCAGGCACUGACCACCACCUGUCCCCUUCCACCAAACAUGCUGUUAACAAUGCUGCUCAUGCUUUAGUUUUUCGUGUCUUAUAGAAGUUCUUUUUGUCUUAGAGUUUUUAAAUGAGGAGUACCUUUUUUGGAAAGCUUUUGGAGAGCAGGAGCAGUUUUAUCCACUGAGCGAGUGCCAUUCCAUGAUUGUACCAUUACCCCGGAGGUUUACGGUUUCCCGACAUUCCUUGCAUUUCUGGUUCAGAGUCCAUUCUUGUACGCAGGUUGUCUUUUGUAUCUGUGACAGGUAGCUUCGUCAUUCAUCCCCAUUGUAGCAUCCCUCUGCACUUGAGUGUGCGUGGUAGGGGGCUACCUCAGUCUACAAAACAAAACGCCUCACUCGAGCAUUCCACCUUAACGCCGAGGUGCAGGGUAGCUGCUUUGGUCACAUUGUACCUCUUUUUAUGGCAGCUGUUCAAAAGAAAAGAGGUGUAACAAAUUUCCUGCAUGUAAAACAAAUAUACACUGUAACUCCAGAUAGGUUAAGAUUGUUAGGCAAUGUCUGUAUGUACUGUAUAUACAACAGGAAACCCCUCCUUUUUCCAAAACUGUGUAACUUAAACUGACAAUAUUAAGGUUGCUAUAUAGUGUGUAAUAAAUGUUUUGCACCCUGGAAAUGGAAUAGAGAGCUUCUGCACUUCUGGAUCCUCCUCUUCUGUUUGGACUUCAUUGGCCCCUCUGUCAUUCGAACCGAGAUGCGUCAGGCUGUGCGCGGGCCCACACAGUCUGAACAACCACUGCUGUCCUGUGAUGCUUUGUAUGUGUGCAGCAGGUGUAUGCGGCCUGCUGGGAGCCUUCACCGGCCCCCAACCCAUGUACAGAAACUUAUGAGCACAAAAGGUGAAGUUUGGGACAAGACACACUACUGAUGUGGCCCCUUUUUCUGUGGUUGCUCCUGUACAUUCUUCUGUUAUGAAUGUGUAAACCUGUACACGUGGUGUUAAAAUUCUUCUAUUAAUGUCUAUCAAGAGAAUGGAACAAAGACAGUUACUUUUUAAAUUAUUAUCUUUAUUAUUAUUAUUAUAACUCUUAUUCUUGUCUAGCUUUGUAAAACUGCUGAUCCAUCUGACAUACCUCAGCAGCGACCCCCCACCACCACCCUUACCCCACCCCAUCUUUAAAAAGAGGACAAAUGAGUGACGGGGAAGUGAGGUUUUGGAUAAACUAUUUUUAAUUGUGUUUGAAGCAAUAGACUUUUUGAACUUUAAAUUGUGCAUGGCUGUGUCUUGAGUGUAUAAAAAAAAAAACAAUAAAAAAAUAAAUAAAAACAGUUUGGGAACUCAAAUAAUAUUUAAAAAAAAAGGAGAGGAAAAGAUAAGAGCUGCUGGAGAAAUUGAUCUUUGGAAAAAGUUUACUGAAAUCACUAUGUUCUAAUCACUAUAUAAAUAUGUGUAUAUAUAUAUAUAUAUAUAUAUAUAUAUAUAUAUAUAUAUAUAUAUAUAUAUAUAUAUAUAUAUAUAUAUAUAUAUAUUCCAAAUUAUUAUCCAUAUUUGCAAUUAACGUAGCUCUAGAUUAUUGAAAGAUAAUAAAUGUACAAAAGGGUUUUUAAAAAGCUUUUCAGGUAAACAAGGAAAGUUGCCAAAAGAGGUAGGACAAAAAAAACUGUU